AUGUGCCUGCUCCAGGAACUUGUCCUCCUGGCCAGCCUCAUCCCACCAGUGCUGGGCUCAUGGGGGGUGUCCUACCCCGAGUCGGUGCGGGGGGUCAGGGGCUCCUGCGUGCUGGUGCCCUGCACCCUGAGCUACCCUGACAGCGAGGCGGCCAGCGCGGGCAUCGUGGCCAUCUGGUACAAGGACUACGAGGGCCAGAAGACGGUGGUGUACCACUCUGCUGGCGAGGAGGUGGAUGCCGCCUUCAGGGGCCGUGCCCGGCUGCUGGGGGAUGUCUCCGCUCGCAACUGCAGCCUGCUGCUGCGGGAGGUGGCGCCGGAGGACUCCGGACCCUACCGGUUCCGCUUCGAGAUCGUCAACGGCGACCGCUGGUCGGCGGAGCGGGACGUGCUGCUCAGCAUUUCGGAUGACCUCCAGCAGCCGAACAUUGCCACCAGCGAGGAGCAAACCGAGGGGCAGACGACCACCUUGGAGUGCUCCACACCCUACGCCUGCCUCCCCGCAGAUCCCACCCUGCGCUGGGAGGGCUACGACCCCCAGGUCUCCAGGGUGUCCAGCCGCUUCCAGAUGGACACGAGUGGGGCUGGCCACUACCUGACGCUCACCACCUCCUUCUCCUGGAAGGACCACUCCAAAAAGCUGCUCUGUGAAGUUUCUUACGGGUCCAAGAAGGCCACUGGGGAGGUCACCCUGCGGGUGAGACAUGCCCCAAAGGACACCCAGGUGUCAGUCACCCCCUCCACGCAGAACAUCCGUGUGGGUGACACAGUGUCCCUCAGCUGUGAGGUGAGCAGCAGCUACCCUCCCAUCUCAGCAUACCACUGGUACAAGGAUGGGGUGGCCAUGAGCACCGAGAAGGUCUUGACCCUCCGAGACGUCCAGCGUGAGGCCUACGGGCAGUACCACUGUGAAGCCCAGAACCCUCUUGGGGUUGGCACAGCACCAGCCAUGACCCUCUACAUCUUCUCUGCAGAGAUGUCAGUGAGCCCCGCGGCCGAGGUGCAGGAGGGGACAGCCACCACCUUGUCCUGUGAUGUCCCUGGCAGGGAGAGCCAGGACCUGGACUACACCUGGUACAAGAACAGUGCCUGGCUGAAGGAGGGCCCAGCACACACCCUGCUCUUCCAGCACGUGGCUGCCACCGAUGCUGGCUACUACUCCUGCAAGGUGACCAACGACCAGGGCAGCGACACGUCCCAGCCCCUCCUCCUGAGUGUGACCUACCCUCCCCGGAACCCCACUCUGACGCUCUUCCAGGAGACACAGGGUGGCCGGGUGGCCAUGGUGGGCUGUGCCGUGGACAGCCACCCUCCAGCCACCCUGGCCAUUUCCCGUGGCGGCACCCUGCUGGCAGCCAGCGGCUCGCAGGCGGCCCCGAGCCAGCGGUUUGCUGUCACCGCUGCCCGCAACAGCCUGCGGCUGGAGAUCCACAGCGUGGGGCCGCAGGACGCCGGGGAGUACCUCUGCACCGCCACCAACGCCCACGGCAGUGCCACUGCCACCAAGCUCUUCACCCCCCGUGCCACAGAGGUCCUGAUCCAGCCUUCAGCCGAGGUGCAGGAAGGGACAGCCGUCACCUUGACCUGCUUGGGGGAUCAGGCUGAGGCAGAGGAUUCCCUCUACACCUGGUACAGGAACAGCAGGAGGCUGCAGGAGAGCUCGUCCCGGGCGCUGCGGUUCCCCAGCGUCCGCGGCGAGGACGCAGGAGCUUUCCAGUGCCAGGUUCAGCACCGCAACAGCAACAGCAGCCACAGCUCGGAGCCCGUCCCGCUCCGUGUGCUCUUUCCACCGAGGCAACUGCUGCUGAGCUCCCUGCUGCAGACCCAGGGUGGGCGCCUGGGCAUCAUCCAGUGCACCACUCAGAGUGACCCAGAGGCCAGCCUGAGCCUGUGGAGAGGGGAAGCAGCAAUAGCCUGCACCCAGGGCUGCCUCUCAGCCCCCAACCCCAGGGUCCACGUCACCUUGUCCUACAACAGCCUGAAGGUGGAGAUCCAGGAGGUGGUGCUGGAGGACGAGGGGACCUACGUGUGCUGGGCUGGCAACUCGCUGGGCAACGCCAGCACAGCUCUGGACUUCAGGGCUGACACUGCCAGCAUCUCCAUGUCUCCAUCCUCCAGCGUGCUGGAAGGUCACACUGCCAACCUGACCUGCCACCUGAGCAGCCACUCCCUGGCUCUGCCCAACUUCACCUGGUACCACAAUGGGCAGUGGCUUGCUGAGGGCUCAGCCCCAUCCCUGCUGCUCCAGCCCGUGGCCAGCAGGGACUCAGGGCUCUACCGCUGCAGAGCCACCACCGCCGGCGGCAGCAGGAGCUCGGCUGAUGCCUCCCUGGAUGUGCUGUACCCACCACGGGACCUCCACUUGACAUCAUUCCUGGAGACAGAGAGAGGCAGCCUGGUCAUCUUCCAGUGCCUGGUGGCAAGCAAUCCUCCUGCCCAGCUGUCCCUGCACCGGGGUGAGGAGCUGGUGGCCACCAGCCGCAGCGGGAGCAGCCCGAGGGUCAGCGUCUCGGCCACCCCCAACAGCCUGAAGGUGGAGAUCACAGAGGUGACGCCGGCAGAUGAAGGCAGCUACCACUGCACGGCCACCAACCCCCAUGGAACCACCACAGGACGCCUCUACCUCCGUGUGCAGACUGCCCGAGUCCUCAUCUCCCCAUCUGCGGAGGUGCUGGAGGGAGACGACGUCUCCCUGACGUGCCAGGCGGCAGGGGAGCCGCAGGGUGAGGCCAUCUACUCCUGGUACAAGAACAGCGAAUGGCUCCAGGAGAGCCCCAACCGCCUCCUGGCUCUGCCCCGCGUCACCAGCGCCGCCGCCGGCGCCUACCACUGCCGAGCCCGCGGCCCCGCCGGGACCAGCACCUCCCCGGCUGUCACCCUGCGAGUCGCCUACCCUCCACGGGUGCCAGUGCUGACGUCCUUCCUGGAGACCCCCGAGGGGCGGCGAGGCGUCCUGCAGUGCAGGGUGGAGAGCAGCCCGCAGGCAGAGCUGGCUCUCUUCAAGGACCGGCUGCUGGUGGGCUCCACAGCGCUCCCCCAGCCCAGCAGCCUGCCCCGGCACAGCGUCACCUGGGCCUCCAACACGCUGCGGGUCAGCAUCAGCCCCCUGCUGCUGGAGGACGAGGGAGAGUACCUGUGCUCUGCCAGCAAUGCCCACGGCAAUGCCAGUGCCACAGCCAACUUCACAGCAGGCACUACCAGGCUCUGGAUCUCCCCCUCCCCAGAGGUCCGGGAAGGUGAUGCUGUCAACCUGACCUGUGCAGUGCACACCAAUGAUCAGGAAGCUCUGAGCUACAGCUGGUACAAGAACCAGGUGUGGCUCAGCAGCAGCUCUGCCCCAACCCUCAGCCUCCCCUCCGUGGCUGCUGUGGAUGCUGCCUCCUACCACUGCUUGGUUCAGACCCCGGCAGGGACUCGCAGCUCAGAUCCUGCCAGCCUCAACGUCCUCUACCCCCCCAGGAACCUGCAGAUGAAGGCCUUCACAGAGAGUGGCAAGGGGACCGCAGUCAUCCUCCUCUGCACCGUGGACAGCAACCCCCAGGCCCACAUCACCCUGCUCAAGGAGGGGCAGCUGGUGGCCUCCAGCCCCUCCGUGGGAGCUGACCACCUUAGGCAGAGCAUCCACGUCUCCCCUGCUCCCAACAUGCUGAGGCUGGAGCUCCACGAGGCCACUGAGGAGGAUGAGGGCGAGUAUGAGUGCUGGGCACGGAGCCAGCUUGGCAGCACCCACACAUCCCUGCCCCUCCGUGUGCAGGCCGUCAGGGUGGUGGUCGCUCCCUCCGCCGACGUGCCCGAGGGGACCGACGUGACACUGACCUGCCAGGACGCCGGUGCCCGGCCGGGCACCCUCUACACGUGGUACAAGAACGGGCGGUGGUUGGGGCAAGGCUUUGACGCCUCCUUCGCCCUGCCCAGCGCCUGGCGCACGGACGCGGGGGCCUACGGCUGCCAGGCGCGGAGGGGGCUGCGUGGUCGCCGGGCGCCCCCGGUCACCCUGCGGGUGCUCUAUGCACCCCAGGAGCCAUCCUUCAUCUCCUUGGUGGAGCCCCAGGGCGGGCGUCAGGCCGUCCUGCUCUGCACUGUCGACAGCUUCCCACCCUCUGACAUCACCCUGCAUCGAGGGCAUGGCCACACUCCCCUGGCCUCCACGCAGGGAGCCUCUGACCCACGCUUCACGGUCCACCUGAGCCCCAACUCCCUGCGGGUGGAGCUGGUGGGGUUGGAGCUGCAGGACGCAGGGCUCUACAUCUGCUCAGCCAACAACAGCUACGGCACUGCAUCCUCCUCCCUGCACCUGGACCUGGCAGGGGUCCAAAUCACAGUGGAGCCUUCACCAGAAGUGCCUGAGGGCACCAGAGCUACCAUGACCUGCUUGGGUGUCCCUUGGGUGGGCGAGGAGGCCAACUACACCUGGUACAGGAACAGCAGGUGGCUGCAGGACGGACCAGCAGCCUCCCUCGUCCUCGCCCGCGCCUCCAGCGCUGACGCCGGCUCCUACCGCUGCCGGGCGAGCGGGGCACGGGGCAGUGCCACCUCGGCCCCUCUCAGCCUCAGCGUCCUCUACCCCCCUCGGGAUGUGUCCGUCAGCACCUUCCUGGAGAACCGCAGCGGGCGAGCGGGCACCGUGCUGUGCGCGGCGGACAGCCACCCGCCUUCCGCCCUGCUCCUCUACCACCACGGCCAGCUCCUGGCCUCCAGCCUGGCCCCAGCCACCUCCCCGGGGCUCCGAGUGUCCCCCUCCCACAACGCCCUGCGUGUGGAGCUCAAGGACGUGGGAGCAGAGGACUCGGGAGAGUACAUCUGCGUGGCCAGCAGCCCCCUGGGCAAUGCCACCGCCAGUGCCUACUUCAGCGUCCACACUCUCACCCACCUCCAGGCCCUCACCGUGGUGGCUGGGCUGCUGGGGGCUGCUGUCUGCGUGGCCACCUUGACUGUUCUGGCUGUGAAGCUGUGGCCCAGGAUGAAGAGGGCUUGGGGCUGGUCCAGUGCUGAGGACACCUUUGAGCUGAGGAGCAAACAGGAGCAAGCACAGCCAUUAGAUGUCACCCUGCAGCCACCUCACGGCCAGACGCCAGCGGGCAGCGGCUCGGACAGGGCUGUGCAGCCGGAUGGUGGCUUCAGAGCGGCGCAGCCCGUGCACGGUGGCAUCCUGUCCGUGCACACUUCCCCCGUGUCCGUUCACGUCCAGGCCCGCAGGCCACCGGCGAGGGCCCGGAGAAACGGGGCCACACCUUGCCGAGCCCAACCGAACAGGGCCGAGCGGAGCUUGGCCGAGCUGAACCGAGCCAAACCGUUCCGGCUCUUCGCGUCCCCGGGCCCGGGGAGCUCCGCUCGAACCCCUUCUCCAGGCUGUAAACCGGGAAAAUGUGGGAAUACUGGGGGGACGGGGAAGGCCGUUAAGCCCUAUAUGGGGGACAAGGCGGAGGCUGCCCCGGCCCCGCUGCGCUUCUUGGAACGGCGCUUCCCGGUAUUUUCCCUCCUCUGCUUCCCCAGAGCCUCCGGAGCGAAUUAUGUUAUCAUUAUUAUUAAUACUAAUCAUAGCGGUAACGGGAAAAAUGCCGGGCAGGGAGUAGGAGCCAGAGCAGGGCGGAUUGUGUCCGCGGGUUCCUGGUUUCGGCGCAGCUCCGGGAACCGGGAGCAGGGAACGAGGCUGCCGGUCACCGUUUCCAGCUCCUACCGCAGACUAAGGAACCGGGAGCAGGAAACUGGGAGCGAGGAGCCCGUUACCGUCGCCAGCCUACCCUAG